AUGAGGCUGAAAUCUAAAUUGGAGAUCCUUACCGAGUUAGAUUUAGAUGAAUUGUUGAAUAUUCAGCAUGAUGUGACUCUCUUGAUAAAGAAGAAAGUUAGAAAGUUACUGAUUGAAAAUAACCUUGAGGAUUCAAUUUCUGUCAAGAAAAAGAAUGAAACUGAUCAAGGUGAUACAUGUGAUGGAGAGUUAGUGGAAAUUGACAAUUCGGGUGUUGAUAUUCAAGAUUUUAUAUUAACACAGAUUGAGAACAAGAAAGUUGACGACAGAAAUCUGAAAUCUGAAAACGUUAUUCAAGAGGUUAAGGAUCCUUUAUUGGAGAAGAAUAGUUAUCUAAAAAAGGAGGUGAGAAGCUCUAUAUUUCCUGAUUUCAGUUCUCCAUUGAAGAGUUAUGAUGAAGUUAAAACUUCUAAAGUUGAAGCUCAAUCUCCGAUUAAAAAUAUAAAUUAUAAAAGUAUAAAUAACGUUAAAAGAAGUUUGAUCCUUGAUGAUUUAAAUGAUGAAUUUUUUAAUGGGAAAGCCUCUGCAAAGAGAGAUAAAAAAAUUUAUGAUUUUAAUAGGAAUCCAAUAACUGCCAAGGCAUGGAUUCUUGAAGAUUUUAAGCCAAAUGAGGAUAAAUUAGCAAUCGCAAGAGGAAGAAAAAGAGAUGAUAUUAUUAAGUUAAAAAAGAUUUAUAAAGAAAUUGGAGAACCUCCUGAUUUAAUUAAACCCGAACAUGAUUCUUUUGAUAAUGAAGAUUUAUUUAUUAAUAAGGAAACUGAUUUUGAUAAUCUAAAAACAAGAUCAAGGUCACCUCCAGGGUACGGAAGAUUGGACUUCCCAAACACUCAAGAACGUAAUGACGAUAAAAAGAAGUCCCAAGAGAUUAUAUUUAAAAAGACCAAAAUGCGUUUUCUUCAAGCUGUCAGAAAUAAAAUUCCACCACAAGAACGAGAAUUCCAUUUCAAAAGUGAUGAGCUAAAUAGAAUUGUAGAUGAUGGAAACUUCAAGUGGGACGAUAAUAAAUUGAAUAUAUACAGCAGAUCCUAA